UUACAGGCUUCUGUAUAUAAAAAAGUGGCAAGUUUUAAGCAGACCUCCCUUCCCUAUUUUUCUCUCCCUUUUUUCUGUUCCAUUUCUUGCAUCUCUGUUUAACUUUUCACUAUGACUUGUUCUUUCUACUUUUAUUACUCCUGCCUCACCCCUUCUUACAAUUUAAACGCUUUUUUAGAACUUUGUUUCCUUGUCACCUGCUUUUUCUAUUUUUGUUCUUUCUGCUUGGCUUUCUCCUCCGUUUGUUGCCACCUCUCCUUGCCCUCAAGGUACAGGGCAGGAUUGGAUAGGGAGGAGCCCAGCUGGGGUAGGGGUGGAGUCACCUGUUCACCACUUGUGUAUUCAGAACCGACGGAGAAGGAUCUGGCUGCUUAAGCAUAGCUGGGGCUAACGUCCCUAUGGCCUUCCUGCUGGAGGCUAGAAUUCUGACAGACAAUCUGGACUUGGUUUAUUUUGCAAUACAGUGGAUACAAUUUGUUAUGGCUACUCUGAGUGUUAUAGGUUCAAGUUCACUUAUUGCUUAUGCUGUAUUCCAGAAUAUACAGAAAUCUCCAGAGAUGAGGCCACUCUUUUAUUUGAGUUUCUCUGACCUCCUCCUGGGGAUAUGCUGGCUCAUUGAAGCACUUCUCUAUGGAACUUCAACAGCCAAUAAGGACAUUGUCUGCUAUAACUUGCAAGCAGUUGGACAGAUAUUCUACAUUUCUUCAUUUCUUUACACCGUCAAUUACAUCUGGUAUCUGUACAAAGAACUAAGGAUGAAACACACCCAUAGUGGACAGAGCACAUUUUCCUUGGUUAUAAAUAAUACUUGUCAAGUUGGUCAGAUAGCCAUUAUUUCAUCAAGUCUGAUACCUCUUCUAUUGAUGAUACCUGUGUUUUGUCUGGGCAAUGCCAGUGAAUGUUACCACAACUUUAGCCAGAACCACGGGUGUAUCCUGAUGCACUCACCACCAUCAGCCAUGGCUGAACUCCUGCCUUCUGCCAACACAUCAGUCUGUAGCACACUUUACUUUUAUGGGCUCAUCGUUUUCCUAACCAGCUUUCUACUCAGCCUCUUCACCAUUGUGGUCUUACUCAUCCAAGCCCAGACUCUGUAUAAGAAGUUUGUGAAAUCAACUGGCUUUUUGGGAAGUGAACAGUGGGCAGUGAUUCACAUUGUAGAGCAGCGAGUACGCUUCUACCCAGUGGCCUUCUUGUGCUGCUGGGGCCCAGCUGUCAUUUUGAUGAUCAUAAAGCUGAUUGAGCCACAGGACACCAAGCUUCACAUGGCCCUCUAUGUACUUCAGGCUCUAACAGCAUCAUCCCAGGGUCUGCUCAACUGUGCAGUAUAUGGAUGGACACAGUACAAGUUCUUUCAACUAAAGCAAGAAUCUCGGCGUGAUGCAGACACCCAGACACCAUUAUUAUGCUCACAGAAGAGAUUCUAUAGCAGGGCCCUAGAUCCAUUGGACUCUACCCUUGCUUUUGCUACCAGCACCUCCACUACUUUUUGAAACUAGUACUGGGAUAUAGGAACUGCAGUUAUUCCACACAAAAGGAUUGGGAAAAGUGUUGGGAAACAUCUUUAGUCUUUUAUAACAAUGCCUUAUACUAUGGAAAUGAAAGGGAAUAUAGUGCCAUGGUUUAGUAGCCAUUCUAGGUAAAUUGGGCAGGAUCUUUUCAUUAAUUUCAGACUUACUAGUGAUUCUUGAAGUCUUUGUUCAAGGAGAUGAAGCCAGUUUCCAUCUAAGAGAAGGACUUAUUACCUUAGUGAAUAUUAAACUUGUCUAAGUCUUUUCUUGGAAAAAAUUAAUUAUAGUUUAUUAUUUAUACACUAGAAGCCCAAAUGUACGAAGAUUCAUGCUAGAAUGGACUUUCCUUUCCCUGGCUGCCAGCAUCGUUUUUCCACUCCAGCCCAGCCCCUUUCUGCUCAAGCCCCACUUUCCAACACUGCCCAGAGGCCCUGAGAGACCGGAGGUGGGACAGAAUGCCUGCAUCGUCGCUAUGGCGACGACACAAGUAUCUCAUGCCCAUCACUAGGUACCUGUGUAUCCAAAUUAACUGCCAUCUUUGUUGGGUUAAUUUGCAUAUCACUCAUGAUUGGCUGGUGGCGUAUCUGAGAUACAGUCAAUUUACAUGUUUGUCUAUUAUUAGGUAAGAUGCCACUUCCAGGCUCUCUAUUCCCAUGGUUUCAAGUGAAGUAGGGCGGCAUGCAACAGUUUUUUCAGAUGUCAUUGCUAUUUCUGUCUCUGAGGUUGGACAAAGGAAGUUUCUGUUCUUUGAAGAGGUUUGGAAACUCAGAAUAAGCAAGGACAACAACUAUGAGAAAAGUGGCAGUGAGAUCCUAAGAUACACCAUAGUCUAAUCUCAUAUGUUCAGUGCCAUUCUAAGACUUGACAAUAGGGACCAUCCUACUCUAGAAAAUUAAAAUCAGUCUUUUGAAGUUACAGGGGAUAAUAAGAUUUAAGAGAAAUCAUGACUAGAGGAAACUCUAGGAAUCAAAAACUCUAAACUGUCCUUUACAAACAGAAGUCCAAAGAAGGUUUAAUAGUGCUGAAAAUUGAAUUAGGUUUAAUCAUUUGAACGUGCCAUGUUUGUAGGUGAAAAGGUCUAAUAUCAAUUUUAUAUGGUUCAACUUAACAGAGCUAAAUAUGUUUAUAGAAUAAAUGAAUGAAUGA